AUGGGGGCUGGGACACAUGGAGACAAGGGACGUGGGACCUGGCGGGCACCUCGGGCUGGGGGACGUGGGGACUGGGAUGUGGUGGGAGUGGGGGACGUGGAGGUCUGGGACAAGGAGGUCAUGGAGACUGGGGACAUGCUGAACUACCUGGGUCCCCCCUUCAAUGAGCCCGACUUCAACCCCCCGCGGCUGGCGCGGGCCGAGCGGGGCCACUUCUGCCCCAGCCUCCAAGGGCUGGUGCUCAGCAUCGCCGGGGUGAUGUCCUCGCUAGGGUACCCGCUGCCCGUCGGGCCUCCCGCGGGACCUCCCGUGGCUUUGGCGGCUUCCAACGACUUCCUGAAGAAGAUGGAUGAUUUCUGGUUGUUGAAGGAGCUGCAGACUUGGCUCUGGAGGUCGGCCAAGGAUUUCAACAGGCUCAAGAAGAAGGUGCCACCCGCCGUGGUGACGUUCAGGCUGGAGGCAAGGGGGUUCUGA